AUGGAGAAUCGAAGUGUCGCAGAGGAAGACACCAAAGAGUUUUGGAAGUGGAAGUCUCUGAGACUUUCAGAAUCCAACAGUCAGAAAAACCAAGAACUGUUUGCCAUUAUGGACCAGCUGAAGACCGAGAACCGGGACUUGACCCAGGCCACGCUAACGCAAGCCGCGCAGCUAACACGGCUCCAAGCGGAGCUGGAGGACUGCAAAAGCAAGUGCGAGAGUGCAGAGAAGAGGUGCGAGUCUGCGGAGAACCUGGGCGAGAUCUACAGGCAGAAGUUCUUGGAGACCAAAGGGGAGUUCGCCAAAGUCAAGAGCGCGUACGAGAAGGACCUGGCGGGGAAGCACGAGGCCUACAGAAACGACCUGACCCGUCUGGAGGUCCUCAAGAAGUUCAAAGUGGCACAGGUGAAUACAGAGCUGAAGAACGAGAGAGCACAACGAGAGAGCAAGCAGAGCGAGCUGAGCCAGAGACUGCAGGAGGCGCAGGAGUCUGCCAGUCGGACCAUCAGAGAGAGAGACGGGACCAUCGCAGAGUUAAGGAAGUCCAACAAGGAGAAGUUAGAGGAGCUCCAACAGGCGCGAGUCAAGCACCUCCGAGACCUCGCAGCAACCCGGCAAUCGGUGGAGUUUGAGUACGAGAGCCAGAUCGCCAAGCUCAACGACAACAUGGAGGAUCUGAAGAACAAACUGAAGGAGCAGAAGAGCAAACUGGUGCAGAAGAACGUGAAGAUCAACACGUUGGACAAGCAGAAGCAGGACCUGACCAUGACCGUGCAGGGCAAAGACGAACACUUGAGAAUCCAGGCCAACGAGAAGAAGCAGACCCAGCAGCAGCUCAACGGCGAGGAGCUGCUGGGGACACAGCUGGAGGUGAGGCUCAAGACGCUAACGGAGGCUAAAGAGAAGCUAGAGCAGGAGAGCAGAGAGCUGAAGGAGCAGCAGGAGAGGAACAAGACGCAGCUCCUGACGCUGAAAGACGAGAACAACGACCUCAACCGCAAAGUGCAGACGCUGAAGCAGAAGCUGCUGAGCGUGCAGCCGGUCCUGCGCCAGGAGAGGGACAAGUGCGAGGCCAUGGCCAAGAAGAACCGGGACUUUGUAGCCGGUCUGGACGGGUGCAGGGAGGUACUGGCGGAACCUCGGAAGCUAAAGGCCAAGGUGGUGGCUCUGAUCGCCGCGCACGUGGAAGGGAACGCCAACGUGCACGUGGAUAGAGACGCUCACAACCUGAACGUAAUGAUGUCCAACACCAUCAGAGAGCUGGUCCAGCGCCAUGACAGGAUCGUGUCCCACCACAAGAGGGAGACAGAGCACGCCCGGGGCGCCGCCAAGAACGCAGAGGUGCGCGCCGACCGGGAGAAGAUGGCGCUGGUCACAUACAUCAACAAACAGAGAAUGGAGUCCAUGAAGACCCCAGUGAGGAAAUGA